AUGGCACCAUCAGCUAUCACCGAAAACCCAGAGUUCGUCCCCGUCGCCGAUUGGCCUACACUUGAAGCCAUGGCCGACGGCUUCCGUCAAAAUCUCAUACCUGCAACUACCAAACUCCAGGGCAAAACCAUCGCACAUACAUUCGACAAUGGCAUGAAGAUCUCACACACGUUCGAAGCCGACUCCCUGACCUGGACAAUUCUUGAGGGUCAAGACAGCGGCAAGUCCGGGAAGGCAGACUAUGAGGCCUUUGAAGUCCGACCAGACAUUUUCUUCAUCGACUUCCUCAAGCCAGACUACAACGAAGUCGUCACUAUGAUCGCAGAUCUCAGCACAGGUCAAGCCAUUACUGGUGUAUCCGGUUUUACAGAAAAGGCCGGUGAGCGCCGAACAUACACAGCCUUCAUGAACGCAAAAAGCCACGAAGAAAAGCCCGUGCAGGCCUUUUCCACCACAGAAGACCUAAUUGGCAAACACGUGCUCUACCGCUACAGCAACAAAGAUGCCUACGAACACAUCUAUCUCAACAAAGGAACCUUCGUGUGGCACUGUCUCGGCGGAGCGGAAAGAGGACUUGCGGAUGUUGAGGAGUGCAAGACGCUCAAGCUGCGGGAGAACUUGUACUUGUUUUUCUGGACCGAGACAGUUCAGCCUGUUGAGAGUAUGGUUGUUAUUGAUUUGGAGCAUAUGAGGUCUACGGGAAGGUUUUAUUGUUGGGAUCCUAAGCCGAAGGAGGCUGUGCAUUUGAGGUUUGGAAGUCUUGCUACUGUUCUUGCUCAGACGUCGCCUAUGGAGACUUUGAAGAAAGUCUCGGAUGGGAAGUCGUAG